CAUGAAGUCUGCGUGCACUCCAACUAGACGAUUCACGUAGGACCUACCACUUCGACUGCGCAUAGUCGAGCGUAAUGGGUUGGCUCUGGAGCAGCGGCGAACGCAGCUCAGCCAAAGAUACCCUCGACCCCUCACUCCGCGAAUUCCUUGAUGCAGAAGCACCUACUGGCCCAAAGCCCCCCCUUCCGUCGAAGCUAUCCCCAACCACCCCUAAGCCCGCCGAAUCCUUGAACCCCGACCAUCGUACUUCAUCGCAACUCUCUACCUCCACCGUUCCGUCGCAAUCACAGUUCAAGGAUGGCCGCUAUGCCGACUUGUGGAAAAAUUACACGCCGCAGAGUGUCAUAAAUGAGCGUGGGAAGAACGAACAGGAUAAACUACGGGACAUUGUCGACGCAUACAAUGAGCGAAAAAGUGAUAUUGGCCGUGUGGCGCUCGAGAAUUGCGCCUUCGAGUACAUGGCGCAGUACGAGUGCUUCAGAAGCCCGAGCUGGUACCAGACAGCUACGCUCUGCAAUGCCGAGUCAAGGAGGUUUAACCGAUGCUAUGACUUGCAAACCAAGUUCUUGAAGGCACUAGGAUACUUGACUAUGGAUUCUAGGAGCGCCGAAGAUAGCGAGAGGAUACAAAUGCAUGCGGACAAGCUAUAUCAGCAGUUCAGGGAGCAAGAGCAGCUAAUUGAGAAGGCGAAGGAGGAGGGGAUGCCAAUUCCAAGAUUCGAGAGUGUGCUUUCCAAGGACAAUGUUGCGCGAGCUGUCGCAGGGAAACCUUUGUCCAAUUCCCUGGCAUCAGAAGAGCAGGCAACGAUAGAAAGUGAGAGUGAUAUUUGGAGUCACAUCAAGAAAGAAUCCCGGGAGGAGUAUGAGAAGAAAAUGGCUAAAAUGUCUCCUGAAGAUCAGGAGAUCGAGAAAAGAGCUCUCCUUGGUGAAUUGGAAGCCCAAACCGGCAUGGCCAGCAAGGUGGGGAAAGUUUUUGUCGAAGAGAGCAUAAAUCGGAUGAAGCGGAGAGAAGCCGGCCAAGCCACCAUUGGCGACACCAUAAAACACCUUUGGGGGUGGAAAUGAAGACGACAUAUCGCAUACACGGAGUUGUGGCGUUGACAUCCUGGAAUAGACCUUGGUCAGGGGACCAAACAAUUAAUACGGUGGGAUUUCCAAGUGCAUCCUGUGCAUUGUUUUGUACCAUACACGCUUUCUAUCAAUGCGUAUUACUCUCUUCACUCUCCACUCGUACCUUGUGGCAUGAUCUUGCUUUCCUUUACUGCAAAUUGUUAUUUACAACGGGUUACAACGAAGUCCUAAGUUAGAUCACAA